GCGGUCGCCACCGAAACGCGCAGCGCGGUCGCCAUGGCAACGCGUCUCCACCCUGAGAAGCGGCGCGCGAGCCAGCAGCUGGCGUGUGUGGGGGUGAACGUUGGGCUGGCGGUAGGAGGUCCGCCUGACCGUCUGUGCCCAGGAGACCGAGAGGGAUCUCCCCAUGGAGGAGCCGCACGAUUGUUCAUCCCAUGCUGAGGGCGAAGCCGCGAUGGGUGGCGGAGCGGCCGCCGAGCCCGAGGCAGCCGACGAGACACGGGACACGGAGCGUGGCCUGGCCGAUGAUGAUGUGGGAGAGAAGCUGGCUGGCCAGUGGGAAGAGCAGCAGGGACGUGCAGCCUGGGAAGCCGAGCACAGAGCUGCUGAGAUGGAAGAAGAUACUUGGGCUCUCAGCCAGGAAUUAGACUCCAGCAGUGUUGCUCUGCAGGAGGCUCAACAGCACGCGGAAGGUGUGCGGUUGACACACGCGGAGAAGGCUCAGCUGUACACACUGCGACGUCACCUCAACCAACUCUGGGAGGCCAAGAGCCAGACGGAGGCGCUCAUUCAGCAGACUGGAGAGGAGCUGCGAGGGAGCCGGCUGAGGGAGCAGGAGCUCCGCAGGGAGCAGCAGAUAACGCAGCAACAAAUGCGGCAAGCGGCGGACAGCACCAACACUGUCGCUAUGACCCUCUUACAAAGACAAGAAACACGAACGAAGGAGGAGGUGGAUACAGAGCAGGCACUACAGGACACCCUCAGCCAGACUAUCUCCCAGCACCAGCUCGCACUGUGCGCCCUGGACGUGGAGCUCGGGCGCUUUAGCCAGGUGCAGCAACACGUACAGGAGGCGGAGCGCGCCAUCGCCACCCAGCAGCAUGAGCGGGCGGAGGGGCGCAUCGCGCUGGAGAUGGCCAAGGCCACCUCGGCACAACGGAGCGUGGAGGCGUGGGAGCGGCAGCGCUCGCAGGAAAUGAUGGCGCUGGAUGAGAGGCGGCGGCAGGCGGCGGAGGAGAUCGCUCGCAACCAGCAGCGCGCCAGGCACUUCCUCAGGGACACCAUGGCCAAGGUUCGCCAGAGGGAGGCUGAGGAGGAGGAGAAGGUUCGGCAGGACAAUGACCGCAGGUUGAAGUCCAUCAUGACUCUGAAGCAGAGCAUCGCAAACAACAAGGAGAAUCUGCGGGCGCUGAGAGCACGGCAGGUGGCGGAGCAAGCGGCUCGGAUGCAGGAGGAGGAGCGGGAGAGGGCCGCCAUCCUUGCCAGCGGAGGAAACCCGACUGAAGUCCUUCUCAAAAGGAAGCGCUUGGAAGAGUUUGAACGGACAAAACGGGAGUUUGAGGAGCAGGUCAAGGCACGUCAAGUGGACAUCAUUGAACACAUCUUGAAAGAGGAGGCAGAAAUGAAGCGGAGAAGCAAGCAGCAGCAGCGGCGGCAGCACCCUGCGGCCGCCACAGCAUCCCGAGACGCAGAGGGAGCAGUGGGGACGCGGCUCGCCGACCCCAGGGUCAUUCGGCUGCUUGAGGAGGCCCUGGGGGAAACCGGGAACAGCCAAGCGCCGCCACUCAGGUGUCGCUCUCCCUCCCCGGACUCGGACGGAGAUGGGGAGCAUGCGGGGCUGAGUGGACUUGGGGAGACAGUGGCCAUGGCCACUCGGAGCCCGGGGUACGAGGAGGAGGAAGAUGAUCUGAUUCAGUCCGAGUACCCGGGGCUCUGGGAGCCGGAAGACGAGCAGAAAACAAAGCGGGAUUCCGCCACUGGUCAGGAGGUGAAAACCCAUCCGUUUGGACCCAGUGAAGCAGAGGGAGGAGGCCCCGUGCUGGAGGAAAAGCCAAAGGGCCAACGCAGACUGGGGCUGACGGUUCAGGGCCGCUGCUUUUCCAGCAAGCCCAACGUCAUAGCCUUCAAGAACUUUGAUGUUGGGAAAAUAUACAAGUUGAAAGUGGUUCUUACGAACGUGUCCUACACCAGCAACUUCUGCCGCUACAAGGGCAUGAGCGAACAUCUGGAGGACUCCGUCAGUGUGCGGUUCAAGCCUCCGGGACAGAUGUCUGCAGGAAUGUCCUUUGAGCUGAUGGUUACUUUCGAGGCGACAAAAAACGAGGACCUGAAUGGAGAGCUGCAGUUUGCAGCUCAGAGCGGACCCUUCACAGUGCCAGUGCAGUGCACAACUAAGAAAUGUGACGUGACGGUGGACAGGUCCAAGAUUGACUUUGGCACCCACGUGGUCGGAGAGACCAUAAGGAGGACCUUCACGUUGGUGAACCGGGGCGCUCUCGGGACCAGGUUCCGUUUCGUAAAGGCAGACUAUGAAGAGGCACAAGAGGUCCGGGCAACACCACGUGUAGCGCAAGGUGGAGGGGGAGAGGAUGCCUCCUCUGUGAGUUCCCAGCGCGGGGUUGAGGCCACGGAGGCUGCUGCUGCUGCAGAGGCUGAAGGGGAGCCAGGGGACAGCCCAGAAAUGGUUGAGAGCGAUUGCAGUAGAAAUAGCCCAGAGAAGGCCGACGUGGAGAGAGCGACGCAGACACCAGACCCGGCUCUCCCCGAGGAGCUGCGUACAGGGGAGGUGGUGGAGGGCGAGCUUCCAGGACUGGGCUACGUGAAGCUGGAGGUGGUGUUCACCCCGACAGUUCCUGGGGACACCCGCGCUACCUUCCACGUCCACUUCACCGACCCUGGCUCCCCACGCUUGGAGGUGCGGGCAAGCGCGCUGGCGGUGGACGUUCCCGUGUGGGUCCAGCGGCCAAACGUGGACCUCAAGAUUUGCACGUUUGACCGCCUCUACCAGGACUCCGUGCUGGUCCAUAACCGAGCAACGACUGCACUUCGCCUGAAGUUUGAAGUGUGCAGGCAGCUGCAGAAUUACCUGGAGGUUUUGCCCAAGAACGGCUACAUCCAAGCACAGUCCACGUUCUCAGCUCAGCUCAAAUUCCUCCCCAGACAGAGCAUGGCCGUGGAUGCACCUGGAUAUUUUGAUAAAGACACGCGUGUGCUAGAAGCACCUGUACUCAUUCGAGUUGGAGAUCAGACCAAGCCGGUACCCUUCACGGUGCACGCCAUCAUCACGUCGUCCGACCUGCACUUCGAUCGGGAGGUCAUCGACUUUGGCUGUUGCACCAUAUUUGAAUCGGUGAAGGCCACAGUCAAACUCACCAACGACUCCAUCCUGGCGCAGGACUUUGGCUUCGUAACAAUCCCCGAGUACGUGGACGUGCAGCCGAACCACGGCUUUGGAACAGUGCUGCCCCUGGACACAGUGCUCAUCGACAUCAUCUUCAGUGCCACAAAGGCCAAAGAGUAUAAGUUUGACUUGACCUGCAAGUCAGGCACGAACAGAGACUUCCAGCUGAGGUGCGUGGCCACGGGCGUGCACCCCCCACUGGAGCUGUCCGACUCCCUGCUGCGCUUCAGAGCUACGGCCGUCGGGGACACGUCGGUGGCGUCGUUGCACGUUGUCAAUUCCCACACGAGCGCCAAUCAGUACAGCCACCCCGUGCCCCGCGUCGGCAGGGGGGAUGUGGCGCCCGUGGGCCCCACCUCCUUCCAGUUUGUGGUGCCGCCCGACUGCCCGCUGAGCGUCUCCCCCGCGGUGGGCACCGUGGCGCCGGGACAAAAGCAGCUCGUGCGACUGCUGUUCCGGCCAGUGCUGUCUGAGCAGCAGGUGCUGGAGGAGAUGGAGAGGCUGUCUGCAGUUCGCAAAGCCAAGAGCAUCGCAGAACUCUCUGCCUCCUCACAGGCACAACCGAUCCCCGCAGCAGCAUCAAAACCUGCUGGAAAAAAGGGCCCGCUCACCAACAAGAAAAGACUCGAGGGACAGAAACAGAGUGGCAAGGAGCCGGGAAACCACACAACGCACACCACACCAGAUCCUGUCAAUGGAAACGCAUUUGCGGAGCCUGUCUUAAGCAAUGGCUCGUCCCACGUGGCUUUGCAUUCCAGGGAGGACGAGCUGGUGGCUGCCCGUGCUUCCCUACUCAGGGAAUUUCCGGGGAGCUACAGCACCCACACAGUCGCCUGCUUUGUGGUCAGCGGCAAUGCCUUUUCUCAAAGUCAGCCCGGGCAACUCAAGUGCAGUGUGCACAACACUCUGUACCUGGAGGUGCACUGCCCAGCCGUGUCCCCACCGCUCAUCUGCGUUUCUGACAGCGGCCGAACAACCCUUGACUUUGGGCAAGUAUGCAUCGGUCAGACGGUGACGAAGCGUAUCACAGUAGAGAACAUUUCUCACCAGCAUCUGAAGCCCACGUGCUCUUUGCUGGACCCGCUGGGGCCGUUCACGCUGCUCAACGCCCUGCGUCCCAUCUCGCCCGGCUGCACGCACACGCUGGUGCUCGCCUUCGCCGCCCUGCAGCAGCAACAGUUCCACGAGCGGCUGGAGGUGCAGGCCGGUGGUGCGGUGCUCACCCUCACGCUGGUGGGGCGGGCCCAGCUCCCGCUGGUCACCUGCUCCGUGGAGGAGCCUUGCCUGAGCCUGGGCCCGGUGCUAUCGUGCAGCACUGCUAGCGCCGGCUUCAAGCUGUGCCGUUCUCCACAGCUUCAUAACGACUCCUCGGUGCCAGUGUCAUUCCUGCUGACGCUGGACAGCGAAUCUCCCGGACUCCAUUCCUCGCUACCAAUCCUCCCUCCCUCUGGGGGUAGCAGCAGCUCAUCAGUGGGUACGCAGAACCAUAGUGGGCUCAGUGUCUUCAGCGUGCAGCCAGUGCAGGGCAUCAUCCCAGUGGGCGGAGACACAGAACUGCUGGUCACCUUCAGCCCAGACCACGCCAGCGCUCGCUACUCCGACCGUCUCCGUCUCCUCCUCUUUGGCAAGGAGUUUCGUGUGAUAGAGCUGAAGGGCUGUGCAGUGAAGCGCAUGUUGUAUCUGGAGGGCGGAGACCCUCUGGACGUUGCAGUGGAAUCCCUGGCCCCCCUGCCCGUCUGGGAAGAUGAUGGGUCCUCAGAUGUAGUGGCGGCUGUGAAGCCGUUCCUGUUGACGAUGAGGAGCACCCAGACGGACGACGGCUUCAGCCCGGUCACUCGAGAGCUCUUCGUGGGCUGCGUGCGCCCUGUACAGCCUAGCAGCAGAAAGGGCGGAGAGUUUAUUUUUGACAUCGCCGAGGCCCGUGCCAAGGGCUUCACGGUGGAGCCCGUGCGAGGCACCGUGGAGGCGGGGCACAAGAAGAGCGUGCGCGUGACCUGGAGCCCAGUGGACGGACAAGACCCGUGGGCGCCAGCGUCCGCGUCCGUGUCGCUGUCCCUGAGGAGCGGUGACGCAACGGAGGCUGUCUCUGUUCUGCUGAGGGCAACGCCGCUGCCUGCAGGAGAGGGGCCUGGCGCCCGCCCCCUCCGACGUCAGUGAGAGAUGUUACCCAGCGAGUCGGAGCGAGGACGCCGCUGCGUUGACACUUGUUUAACGCUGUUCUCUGUACCGCGUGUUACUCGACUACAUAUCGUCAGAAUAGUACUUUAUAGAAUGGGAUGGAAAGCACUGGUGCAGAACAGACAAAAGACUGUGCUCUGGUGUUUGGGAUGAUGGAUGGGAUGGUUUAUUUUCCCUUCCCCCCAGUCGUCCGUGCUCUCGCAUCUCUCUUCCCCUGUUUGGCUCAAGACCUUCAACGCUGCAUAUGAUUGUAUCUUCAAAUAAAAUACACAACACAA